UCUUGUGAUUCAACCUUAUUCAGAUCUCAGGAUGUCAAUCCUUCUUUAUCGAACACUGUGGGUGUACAAUGUUGAACAGCAUGACCAGAGGCCCGGAUUAGUGGAUUCUUUCUUGAACUUUUUGAGAGAGCGAAUAGUGGGAAUAAACAACAGUGUUGAUAGUAGAGGGAGGUCAGAUUCACACCCUGAACAAGGUGGCUUUAGUCCUUGGUUGAUUUUCAGCGGUCAAGUGCCUGAGAACAGUCGAUUUGAAGAACUAUUCAAUGAAUCUGGCGGAUUUAGGCGAGGUAGUGGUGGGAAUUAUUUUGUUGGUCCUGGACUCGAAGAACUUAUCGAAGAGCUUACUAGAGAUCAACGGGGUUCUCACCCAGCACCCAAAUCUUUGAUUGAUGCGAUGCCUACUGUUAAAAUUUCGCAUAAGCACCUUCGUUCUGAUGCACACUGUGCUGUUUGCAAAGAAAAAUUUAAGUCUGGGUCUCACGUGAGAAAAAUGCCAUGCAACCAUAUAUAUCAUUCUGAUUGUAUUGUUCCUUGGCUAAAUCAGCACAACUCAUGCCCUGUUUGUCGGCAGGAACUGUCAUUACAGAGAUCUGAUGAUGUUCAUAGCAAUCAAAGCUCAAGGGCUCAUACUAGAAGCAGCUCAAGUGGUCUGAGUAGAAGCAAUAGCAAGAGAUCAUGGAAUCCAUUGUCUUUAUUCCGGUCUUCUGGCUCAUCUCAGUCCCGCUCUCACAAUAACAGAUUAGCAGGAAGCAGCUCGUCAUCCACAUGAACAUACUCACCUUAGAGGGUAUUCUAGAUGGCGUUUAAAAAAGCAAGAUAAGUUCAGUUAGAAACAUGGGUUUCUUUCUUUUCCCUUUUCUUUGUCACCAUAACUCAUCGCUGCUAAUUCAACCCAGAGCAAAUUGCUUGUGUAAUAAGAGUUGUUUGAGACCUUGGAGCCUCUAGAUUUGAGUUUGCUUUGAGAAAGGUGAAUGAUAGUAGUUUCAUCUGUUAUGCUACUGCUUCAUAUGUAAAUUACAUAUUCUCACUUUUUUUCAUGCUGAAA